AUGUCCCUCCCACUCGGGGCGGUUGAUGCCACCGCAAACCCCAUCCCGGGGACUGUUCACCUCGUCGACCUCGAAGGUACCAUCCAUGCUCUCCACGCACGCGGCGGCCAAAAGGACAUCGUCCUCGUCCCCGCACCCUCGUCCGACCCCGAUGACCCUCUCAAUUGGUCUCCGCGCCGCAAAGCCCUCAGCACGAUAUGCAUGUGUGUAUACACGCUCAUGGUCGGCAUCGCUAGCGCCGCCAUCUACUCCGUCCUUGAACCCAUCAGCGAGAGCACGGGCCUCACGCUCGGGGACCUGAACGCUGGAACCGGGUACAUGUUUCUCUUCUUCGGCUGGGGAUGCUUGGUGUGGCAGCCGCUGGCGUUGCAGUAUGGGAAGCGCCCGGUGUAUCUGUUCAGUAUACUUGCGACUAUGGCGAUCCAGCUAUGGGCGCCGUAUACGAAGAGCAACGGACAGUGGAUCGCGAAUAAGAUUUUGCAGGGGUUCUUUGGGGCGCCAAUUGAGAGCCUUUGUGAGAUCAGUGUUACGGAUAUCUACUUCACUCACGAGAGAGGAACAUAUAUCGGGCUGUAUGCCCUGUUACUGGCUGGCAGCAAUUUCCUCGCGCCCGUUUUUGCUGGUUUCAUUGCUGAUGGCCAAGGCUGGAAAUGGGUUCUAUAUUGGUGCGCGAUCUUCUGCGCAAUGGGCUUCGUCUUCCUGUUCUUUUUCAUGGAAGAAACCAACUACAUCCGCCAUACCCCCGGCACGCCUCUUAACAUAUCAAACUCCCCGUCUUUCAUACAAGAAGCAUCUUCCGAUCCCGAGAAGGCCGAUCUUGACGAGAAAGCGACUCCUUCGAGUCUCUCAGAGGCGCCAAGAGCCACACAUGGACCAAAGAAAACCUAUCUCAACAAGAUUGCCCUUUUCCAACCCGCCGACCUCCACAAACCAAACGAACUCCUUGCCAUGGCAACCCGUCCGUUAAUCUUCCUUACCUUUCCCGUAAUAUUCUACGCAGGCUUCAGCUACGGCAGCAACCUUGUCUGGUUCAACGUCCUCAACGCCACCGCCUCCCUCAUCCUCGGCAACACUUACAACUUCAAGCCCAGCAUGGUCGGCCUGGCCUACCUAAGCCCCCUCGUCGGCGUCGCGCUAGGCAGCUUCUACACCGGCGUGCUCGGCGACCGCAUCGUCGUCUGGAAAGCCCGACGCAACGGCGGCAUCUUGGAGUCCGAGCACCGGCUGUGGCUCUUCGCGCCGAGCAUGCUGCUCAUUCCAUUUGGCCUCAUUCUCUGGGGCGUUGGUGCCGCGCAACAUGUGCACUGGUUUGGGUGCGUGUUCGCGAUGGGGGUGGUGGCGCUUACGAACACGAUUGGUAUACAGUUAUCCGUGUCGUAUUGUAUAGACUCCUAUCGCGCGCUGAGUGGGGAGGCGAUGGUGACGGUUAUUCUGGUGCGGAAUACGAUGAGUUUUGCUAUUGGGUAUGGGAUUACGCCGUGGAUUAAGGGGAUGGGGUUGCAGAACGCCUUCAUCACGGCGGCGAUGGUGGGAAUGGCGCAGUGUGCGACGGUUUGGGUGAUGGUGGUUUGGGGGAAGAGGCUGAGGGAGCAGAGUGUAGGGAGGUAUGGAAAAUAUGUGGAGGAGAUGGCGAAGAGCGGGAUGGUACAUUAGAGGAGUUGAGGGGCUACGCUUACACUUCAGCAUAUCACGCUUGGUCAUCUGGCAACUCGUCACAGAGUGUGGGGUGGCUCGGUAUGUGAACUCAGCUUCCAAAGCGAUCCAAGAUCUCUUGCUAUCGAUAGGUGAGUCAAAUAGUAUAUUGAUAUUUACUAUAUGUCGAGU